CUGCAGUGGAGUCGGUGGUGCUCUCAUGCAUGAAUGCCUUGUCCCUUCUCGUCUUGCACGAUCCGGUCGUCACAGACGUAUUGCCUGGCCUCGCGUCGCGUGCACGGAACUUCUCCAGAUCCGAGCCAUCAGAGGAUCUCCUGCCCUACGUGCAGCAAGGUGAAUCCGCCUUUCACGAGGUCAAGGAUUUGUUGCACAACGGCGCUUGGAGCGUAGAACGAGAAGAGAACGGCAUUGCCAUCAAAAGCCUAUACAGUCCGAAAUAUAGCAGUUACGUCUACCUGACAGAGACGGUGGUGAACGCAUCCGCGGAGGCCCUCGUCAACGAGUACUGGUGGCAUUACGGGCGAAUUUCGACGUGGAACUCGCAGAUGUCUCGCUUGGAAAUCGUCGAAAGAAUUUCGAAGACCGUCAUGAUCGCCCGUGAGACCGCAGCAGAUCAAGCAUCGCAGCACAUAUCGAGAAGAGACUUCGUGAGCGUGUAUUCUCGGCAUGAGGUGCUGGACGCCGAUCGGAUGGUGGAGGAUUACUACAUGUGCUACAUCUCGACGGAGUUCCCAGGCGCACCGCCCGAAGGGGAAUACGUGAGAGGCGCAUACCAUCCGAGUGGAUUCCGGUUUUCUCCGAAUGGAGACGGCUCCACGAAAUUCCAGUUCGUGCUGAACGUCGACUUGAAGGUCCACGCCCUGCUGAAGCCUUUCAUCCGAGUUUUCAUGAUCCCGAGCAUGGUUGAAUAUGCCACUUCUGGAGUUCUGAGGCCUGUUACACAUGAUGACCUCUCAUGGCUGCACAUUAGCCUAAAGAACCGUUGGAGAUUCACUGGGAUGGGCUGGUUGCUUGAGCCUGAACUGGGAAACAUGGAGGUUGAUCAGGAGUAUAUAAUGGGUAAAACCAUGGGGCAUAUCCUAGGAUGCCAGGCAUAUAUAGAUGCAGUUGACAAAUCCAGCUACUGCCUGUCUAACAUGCAGUUGGAUGCAGAAGAAGUGAGAGUAAUUGCUUGCAGGACAAUUGGACAAAGAGCUAAUCAUCUCUGGCAUGCAUUCAGAAGGAUGCGGGUGACUGCCAGUAAGUUUGGCAUGGUAUUGAGAGCACUGAAACGGCAGAGGUUUCCAUCAUUCUGGAAGAGCCUUUUUGGGGAAUACAAGACAAGUGGUGCCAAGGUUCAGGGUGGUAUGUACAUCACUGGUGGUCAAUUCUGUGAUCUCAUUGCCUGGAGCCCUCAAGAAAUGGUUGUGGUUCGUGUCCCAUGGGACAAAACAUGGGAGGGUUUUGGAAAAACUCUCCAGAAAUUUGAAGAUCUCCUGCCCUACGUGCAGCAAGGUGAAUCUGCCUUUCAUGAGGUGAAGGAUUUGUUGCACAACGGCGAUUGGAGCCUAGAACGAGAAGAGAACGGCAUUGUCAUCAAGAGCCUAUACAGUCCGAAAUAUAGCAGUUACAUCUACCUGACAGAGAGAAUUUCGAAGACCACCAUGAUCGCCCGAGAGAUCGCAGCAAACGAAUGGUCGAGAUUCAUCUCAACACGAGACUUCGUGGCUGUGUAUUCUCGACAUGAGGUGCUGCACACCAAUCGGAUGAAUGAGGAUUUCUACAUGUGCUUCAUCUCGACGGAGUUCUCCGGGGCACCGCCCCAAGAGGAUUACGUGAGGGCCAUAUAUCAUUCGAGUGGAUUCCGGUUUUCUUCGAGUGGAGGCGGCUCAACGAAAUUCCAGUACGUGCUCAACGUUGACGUGAAAGUCAAUGCCCUGAUGAAGUCUUUAUCCCGAGUUUCCAUGAUUCCGACCAUGCUUGAAUAUGCCACGCGACUCAGAAAUUAUGCAACGACGUUGAAGAGAACCUGAUACGGAUGCUUUAAAAAAAACUUUCCCACGUAUUGAAGCUUUUAUGAUUUUUUUCCCCAUCUUGUUUCUGUCGUGUUUGGAGAUUUUACAUUAGUGUCAGUGUAUGUAAAUCAUGUGGGAAACGUUAUUUAAAGGGUGGAAUUUUAAAGUUUUGCUCUCUUACAGCUUGGCUUCUCGACAUAUACCAUGCUGAAUGCUGACCUUGUUUCAUAUGGAAAUUUAAGAAUUUUCGUAGAUUGUGAAAUGUAAAAUGUUUUGG